AUGGCUGGCUCACAAAAGAAGGACGUCAACAGCAGCUCUGAUGAGCGUGGGUGCCUCCAGCCGGUCGAUCGCUCCAUUGCGACUCUUCAAUCUGUGAAUAAAUCCGAAUCUGGUGAAGCUAUUCUACAUGGUUCUAUCGAUCAAGAUAUAGAGGCUGGUUCCUGCAACGAAUCCAUCGAACCUCCCAACGCGCUUGCACGCCUCAUGGCCGAUCACUCUGACGCAGAAGAGGAUCCCAUGAUGAUGGCACAGAUUGGUCUCGUAGAAGACGACUGGAUAUUCGCCGAUACAGAAGAAGAUGCCGUUGAGCCUGACCAUUACUCAUCGACUACAGCACUCGUCAAGCCUCAUGAGGAACUUGACGAGUUUCAGGAGAUCACCGACGACGAGAUCAAGUCCAGCAACGAUCCAGCAAUCGUUCACGACCAGCAUGUUCGCGCCAUGGCCUACCACGUUGUGCCGCCAUAUCCUAUCCCAGCAGAAUACGCCAUUCCACCAAAGCCCGAAGACACCAGUCACGCUGCCCAAGUUCGUCAAUACAAGGCGUUUACGGAAGCCUGCUACCCUGGAAAUGACGAACAGCGUGAGCAGGCAAUCAAGAGAGCGAACGAGAGUUUUCCACGCUAUGGCUCUCCUGCGACAUUCGUCCGUAUUGUUCACGUGAACGGCCAGGCACAGGAAGUCUCAAAGUGGCAAAAGACUAAGUGCGAUGAGACUUGUCCAAUGAAGAAGAAAUCCUUUCUCAAGAAGCUGGCGGGCGUUCCAGGCAAGUUGUUGAGCAGCAUGCCUUAUGGCAAGCUGUCUUAG